AUGAAUUCUAUAAUUUUAAUAUUAGCUAGCAGAUAAGAAUAUAUAUUUCACCUUUAGAUUUUGGAGGCUUAGAUAAAUUCAAUGUCUAGUAAUGAUCGAAUGAAUUUGGUGUAAAAAUUACAAUACAAGAUCUUAAAAGUGGAGCAGAGAAGAAUUUAAAUAGAAUCGCAAACAUUAUUGAAUUAUUCAGAGGCUAGAAAAUUUUUAUAGAAACUUGUGAAAAAAUAUAUAAAAAUUCAAGGUUAUUAUUACUAAAAAUUGCAAGUAUUAAGACAUGUAAAUAGUUAUAUUUCCCAAUAUUCAGUUAAAGAAAAUAAUUUUUACCAAUGCAAAGAAACUAAUUAUUCAAAAUAGCUAGCAAUUCUACAAUGAGUUCUACAGAAAUCAUACAAAUAAUUAUCAAUUUAUAAAAAGAAAGACUAGUUCGUUAGAUUGAUUCUUUAGUUAAAUCCAUUAAUAGAAAUGAGGCAUUAUAGUAUCCUAAUUUAUAUCAACUAGAACUGAUUUAAUCACAAAUAGAAACGAGAAGUUUUGUUAGGAUCCAAUUUAGAGUUUGGAUUACUUAAAUCAUAUACACUUAACUUAUUAUUUAUAAAAUAAACCUACUUAAAAAAAUGAUCCAUAUGAUAUUAUGAAUUUAGAUGAAUAAACAAAAGAAUAUUUAAUAUCAGGUUUUAAAAGCUAUGUUUGUUGUUUAACUAAAACAAAAAAUGUAUUUAUUCCAAUAGAAAGCACUCAAGAAAUAACUCUAUUUAGAUAUGAGAAGUAUUGGAAAAUCUUAAAUGAUUAAAAUAAUGCACUCAAUAAAAGAAUAACCAAAUACUAUUUUAAAAAUUAUUAAUAAAUAUAAUCUACUCUUGAGAAACAACAAAUAAUAUGUUCAGUACAUCGCUUACCCAUAAGACAACAUUAAAAAUAAAAUAAAAGAAAUAUAUUUCAUAAAAUAAGAUUAAGUAAAUAAGAAAAUGAAGGUAGAAAUUCAAGAACAUUUUAAGAUGGAUUUUAGACUGAUAAAGAACCUUAUAUUGGAAAUUCUGUAGGUAUGGAAUCAUAAGGUGAGAUCUUUUCUCAUUUGAAGAAUAUAGUAUUAUCUUCAUCUAAAACAAGAGAAUAAAAAACAAAUUAUGAAAAUAAAAAAUUUAUUCUUAGAGAUAGUUAAAUUCGAAAUGAACAUGAGUUAAUUUAAAGUUAAUUAGUUUUAUGUGGUAAAUCUAUGAAAUUUCCUUAUAAUGAAUAAGAGAAGAAAAGAAUCUUUAGUAAUAUAUUUGAAAAUAAGGAUAAUGUUAAUAAUGCUUCUAAAGACAAAUCUGUUGAAUAGGUUUCUCUUUCUUUAACUAAAAAUCUGAAAAUCUAAAAAUAAGGAUUGAGCAAUAAAUACCAUUUAAUAAAAAUCAAAUAAAACUGCAGUCAGCUUAAAUUAUAACAGUUAUAAUUAUAAAAUUGA